UGUUUAAUCCAACGUUUCAGCCACAGUUUUUGUGCCUUCCGUAAUAUCUGCAGAAUACCUAACGAAACAAACGACAAAAAGACACGCACACACAAACACCACUGUUCCAAUCACUCAAAUUUUGGGCGACCAUUGAAACACGUCAGUCGCAAUAUUUUUGGCGCAAUUGAUGUGCAUUUUUAAUUUGUUACGAGUAUACUACUAUAUAUGUCAGUUAUGUAUACUAGUACUAGCAGAAUUGUAACUGCCGGUUAUUGGGAGCUGAAAAUUUCUCGGGAGUUAUGGAGAAAUUGAUGGCGAGAGAGGCAGCGGGCGUCGAUAUACUGUCAGCAUCAGCUUCAUUGCUGCCGAGUCCACUCAAUUUCAACCCGGUGCGAUGCUGUUUUCAUGUCGUCAAGUCGUCUCCUUUCAUUCCCGCGAGAAUUCGCGCCCGGCUUUUCACCUAUAAAGUGCCAGCUUCUUCGGCUACAGCUGUUGAAACCAAGCCCGACCCUGUAAUUGAUGAAUCCAGUUUGAAGAUUCGCAAAGAAAUUCUAGCUUGUCCCAUUUGCUAUGAGAGGGUUUCUUGGAAUGGAGGAGCCGAUCUAUCUUUGGAAGCUGUAGCUCGUUCAACUCUGGUGUGCGGCUGCUGCAGGAAGUCCUACACCGGCAAGGAUUCUCAUCUUGAUCUGACAGUUACUGGUGGUAACAGGGUGUAUGGUGAACCUGUGGUUGCCUCUACUGAGCUUUUCAGGUUUCCUUUAGUAUCAUUCCUUUAUGAACGAGGUUGGCGGCAAAGUUUUUCAGUUUGGGGAGGUUUUCCUGGCCCGGAACAGGAGUUUGAAUUAAUAAAGGAUUACCUCCAACCAGUCUUAGGGGGGAAUAUUGUUGAUGCAAGUUGCGGAAGUGGAAUGUUUUCACGACUUUUUGCCAAAAGUGGACUAUUUUCCCUUGUCGUUGCUUUGGACUACUCUGAGGCUAUGUUACGUCAGUGUUAUGACUUCAUUAAGCAGGAGGAUAACUUCCCCGAAGAGAAACUGAUUCUCGUUAGAGCUGAUAUCUCGAGGCUUCCAUUUGCAUCGGGUAGUAUGGAUGCUGUUCAUGCUGGUGCUGCUUUGCACUGCUGGCCUUCACCAUCUGCAGCAGUAGCAGAAAUAAGUCGUGUGCUGAAACCCGGAGGCAUGUUCGUUGCUACAACUUACAUCAUGGAUGGCCUCCUCUCGUACUUCCCACUAAGCAGACCUCUACGUCAGGGCGUGGCGCAGAUCUCGGGCAGCCAUGUGUUUUUAUCCGAGAAGGAACUUGAAGAUCUGUGCGCAUCUUGUGGGCUUGUCAACUUCACAUGCACGAGAAAUAGGCUCUUCGUGAUGAUUACAGCCACGAAACCUGUAUAGAUCUGCCCAGGUUUGUAGAUUUCAUACAAACAUUCGACAUCAAAUUCUUUCGAGGAGAAGAAGAAGAAGAAGAAGAAGAUCGUUGUCGGACGAUGAUUCAUCGAUUGAUUUUAGAGUUGAAGAAGCCAGUCAGUGUAAGCUGCGCAUAUUAUUUAUGGAGUUGAAUCGUCAGAUAAUUUAUAUGUUAUUUGCUGACUUGAAACGUUAUAUUUCCAGUUGUAAGCUUUUUAAUUCGUUAUUUUAUUUUCUGAUAAAUGAUGCAAGGCAUCUUCAUUCGAGAAGUUAUUUUAUACAAUAUACACUUGAAUUCAUUUGAA